AUGUAUACGUCCAUUCUCUUAUCACAAUAUUGCAUUCUCUUAUCACAAUAUGCAAUAUUGUGUUGUUCAUUGAAGUCACAACAGGUUUUCAUAUUUGCUAAUCAAACUGGGCUUGACAUGCUGGAGACAACUCUACUGGCUCUACAAGACAUCACAUUGGAUAAAUUGUUUGAUGAAUCUGGACGAAAGGCAUUGUGCUCCGAUUUUCCCAACUUAAUGCAGCAGGGAUUUUCUUGCUUGCCGGCCGGAAUCUGCAUGUCAACAAUGGGACGUCAUGCUUCAUAUGAACAAGCUUUUGCCUGGAAAGUCCUUGAAGCUGAUGAGACCACUGUCCAUUGCCUCGCCUUCUCGUUAGUUAACUGGUCCUUUGUGUGAAAAAACAGUUUACUGUAGUUUAUUUGUCUGAAAAACCAAGCUUUCCCCCUUGCUGCCCAUGGAAAAUGGAAAUGAUGAACAGAUCAGAAACA